AUGUCUGGUCGCGGUAAAGCAAGAGGAAGUGGAAAAGCUGGUGUGAAAAAUACAACACGUUCGUCAAAAGCAAGUCUUCAGUUUCCGGUGGGUCGUAUUCAUCGUUUACUUCGUCGUGGUAAUUUUGCUGAACGUGUCGGUGCUGGAGCUCCAGUUUAUUUAGCUGCAGUUCUUGAAUAUCUUUCCGCUGAAAUUCUUGAAUUAGCUGGUAAUGCAGCACGUGCUAAUAAAAAAACUAGAAUUAUACCACGUCAUCUUCAAUUGGCUAUACGAAAUGAUGAAGAAUUGAAUCGAUUGCUAUCGGGUGUAACAAUUUCACAAGGUGGUGUCUUACCGAAUAUUCAAGAAACAUUAUUGCCUAAGAAAACAACUGAAAUUAGUACAUCAUCAACAUCGCAAAAUGAUUCAUCGAAAAGAAAUACAUUAAACUCAACCGGUCAAAACAAAUCAUCAUGA